AUAUUGUUUGGGAUCCUACUACUUGAGAAGCUGCCCAUUUCUUAUCCACAAGUAAGAGCCACCCACUCACUGACUGGUCACGUGACUCGCCUCCUCUCAUCUCUCCCCCUCCCUCUGUCUCCUCCACCACUAUGCACCGUCGUCAUGUCCUCCCCCACCACCCUCCCCCCCUCCCCCCUCCUCCCCCACCACCCGUACCCUAACCUCCACUUCACCCGCCGCUCCCUCCUCUUCCUCUCCACCCCCGUCGUCCUCUCUCUCUCCUCCUCCUCCUCCUCCUCCGCCGCCGCCACCACCACCCCACCACCACCACCCGACACCACCAUCACCGACCGCGUCUUCAUGGACUUCGGCAUCUGCCCGAGCUACUUCCAAAACCGUAACCUCGGCGACCAGCUCUCCCUCUGCGCCGACUCCGAGCCCCUCGGCCGACUCGUUCUCGGCCUCUACGGAAACCUAGUCCCCCUCACCGUCUCCAAUUUCAAGUCCAUGUGCACUGGCCCCACCAACUUCUCCUACAAGGGCACUUUGGUCCAGAAAAUAUUCCCCGGCCAAUUCUUCGUCGCCGGCCGCCAAGGCCGCCGCGACAAGGGGGAGGUAAAGCCCUCCGUGGAUUUGGUUCGGAAUACGGAGGCGGUUGAGUCCAGGGCCUUUUUGCUCGAGCAUUCAAGGCCGGGGGUUGUUUCGCUGUGUUUGUCGGAGAAUGAUGAUGAUGAUGAGGUUAAGUUGGAUCCGAAUUACCGGAAUGUUGAGUUCUUGAUCACUACCGGGCCUGGUCCGUGCCCGCAGCUUGAUAGCAGGAAUAUUGUUUUUGGAACAGUGCUGGAAGGUAUGGAUGUCGUGACAGCAAUAGCUUCCAUCCCGACUUACAGACCCGCUGAAAGAAUCCGCCAAUAUAACGAUUUUGCUCAGUUUAUUGGAGACGAUCGAGCCAAAACUGCUCGGGCAAUCUGGAACAAGCCCCUUAAGACUGUUUAUAUCAGUGACUGUGGAGAGCUCAAAGUGACAAAACCUGCCCUUUCUCCUAGUCUACCUUAACCGUGGUAUUCUGUAUGUAAACAAAACUCACAUGUCAGUAUUUUUUUCAUCAGAAGCAAAAGUCUUGCCGUAAGUUACACAUCGGAAAGAAAGAGAGGGCUCGUAGCCCAUACGAAUUCAUAUACUCCAGCUGAGAAGUAAAAAAUAUUAAUGUUAUACUCCUA